CUGAGCCCAGUCGCACCGCCCCCAGCCUGAGUCAGGGGCCGCCCGCCAAGAGUUCAAGGCCUCCCAAUUCCGGAUAUGAUGAAAAGGAGCAACAGAGGGAGAAGUGUUUCGGGACUGUAGGAGAGAGGAAGAGGAGUAAAAGGCCCCCUUGGAAGGGAACUGGCCCCAGCGAGCUGGCUGGAAAGAGGGCGGAGAGGGCAGUCAGAGGAGCUGCCGCUGGUGCCACUGCUGCGCGUCUGGGCAGAGCCAGAGGGAGGCGGGGAGCACGCACAGGGGCGGCCACCACCGCGCCAUCAGGCCACCGGGGCGAGAUGCCGCCUGUGCUGCGAGCGCCUCGCUAACUUCCCGGGCCGGAAGAGGAGGGGAAGCGGUUUGAGCGAGGUGGGGGGAAUGCGGAGAAGCAGGCAGUUCCCAGAACCCAACACCUAACUGCCCAUCCACGGUCGCCCCGCGGGGCAGCGAGCAGGCGGCGGCGCGGGCUCAGCCGAGCGCCCAUGUCCGGCGCGGGAGAAGCCCUCGCUGCUGGGCCCGCGGAGCCGGAGCCGGCCGAGGAGGGAGGCGGCUGGCGGGGCACCCCGGCCCAGGAGAAAUGUGAUAAAGAAGAUGCGGAGAGAGAGAUAACUCAAACUGCCAGUAACUGCUUCACACGUGGGGAGAUGCAAGACCAGUCCAUUUGGGGAAAUUGUUCAGAUGAUGAACUCAUCAGAACCCAGCCUCAGCGCUUGCCUCAGCUGCAGACUUCAGCACAGGAAGCUAGUGAGGAGGAAAUAGGCAAGAUAAAGAAUGGCCACCCAAGUCUGAGCAAUGGAAAUGGAAUUCACCAUGGGGCCAAACAUGCCUCUGCAGAUAACCGAAAAUUUUCAGCACCUGUUUCUCAAAAAAUGCAUCGAAAAAUUCAAUCCAGCUUGUCUGUAAACAGCAAUAUCAGUAAGAAGAGUAAAGUAAAUGCUGUCUUUUCCCAAAAGACAGGUUCUUCACCUGAAGAUUGUUGUGUCCACUGUAUCCUGGCCUGCUUGUUCUGUGAAUUCCUGACCCUCUGCAAUAUUGUCCUGGGACAAGCUUCAUGUGGCAUCUGUACCUCGGAAGCCUGCUGCUGUUGCUGCGGAGAUGAGAUGGGAGAUGACUGUAACUGCCCGUGUGACAUGGAUUGUGGCAUCAUGGAUGCCUGUUGUGAAUCAUCGGACUGUUUGGAAAUCUGCAUGGAAUGCUGUGGAAUUUGUUUCCCUUCAUAAAUAUUUAUCUUCUGUGUGUGUUAAAA